CCGGGGUAGCAGGUAGAGUAUAUAGCCGUCUCCUUGUUAGGAAUAUCAUCAAUCAAUCACUACUACCAUUUCCAACCCCUCAUCUUUCAACCCCACAAUGCAAGCUCUCAAGAACACAAUCGCGGAGAACCUCACCGGGGGCCACUCGCUGGCCCCUGAGCAGUCCCAGUUCUCUCUUGAAGAGGUGCCUGACCUUUCUGGCAAGGUGGCCGUGGUCACCGGAGGCUCCGAGGGCAUAGGCUACGGCAUUACGCACACACUGCUUUCCAAGAACAUCUCCAAGCUCUUCAUCAUCUCCAUGUCCAAGGAUAUUGUGGAUGACGCCAUUGACGCCAUCCGGCAAGAGAUGGGCCCGGAAGCAGCAAACAAAGUCACGUGGAUGCAGUGCGAUCUGAGUGACUGGAAGGCCACUGGCGAGACGGCCUUCAAGAUUGCAAACGACACGGACAGGCUGGAUAUCCUGAUCUGCAAUGCUGCGCGCGGCAUCAUGACGGCGCAGAAGGCGCCCACGAACGGCAUCGACCUGCACAUGGCGGCCAACCACAUGGGCCACGAUGUGCUGAUUUCGCAUCUGCUGCCGCUGCUGAAGAAGACGGCCGACGCCGGCGACAUUGUCCGCAUCGUCCAGAUAGCGUCAAACGCCCAUCAGCUGGCGCCCAAGGAGACGAAAUUCGAGUCGAUCGAGGAGCUCAACAAGGACUACGGCCCCAACGCGCAGUACGGCCGCUCGAAGCUUGCCGCGAUCCUGUACAUGCGGUACCUGGCGGACCACUUGCGGCAGUCGCACCCUAAGAUCCUGGUCAACGCGACGCAUCCGGGCAUCGUCGACACGCGGCAGACAAACGUGCACAUCCACGAGGCGUUCCCGCUGGGCGGCUACGGCAUGAGCCUGGCCAUGAAGCCGUUUAAGAAGACGCAGUUCGAGGGCGCCGUCAGCACCAUGUUUGCAGCCACGGCGACGGAGAAGACCGGGCAGUACAUUUGCCCGCCCGCCAUCGUGGAACCGGGAAGCGAGGCGUCGCAGGACAAGGAACUGGGUCAGCAGUUGAUGAAGUUGACGAGAGAAGUCAUCAAGGAGAAGACGCAGAGCGCCAGCGCGGAGAAGGGAUGCCCGUUCAAGGAUACCUGAGCUGGAUGUAGCCGGGGAUUGGGAC